UCCCCUCGGCUCGCGCCACAGCGGCCACCUCCGGGCCCCGCGCCGCCUCCGGAGCCCAUGGCCGGGACGCGCUGGGUGCUAGGGGCGUUGCUCCGGGGCUGCGGCUGCAACUGCAGCAGCUGCCGGCGCACCGGCGCCGCCUGCCUGCCCUUCUACUCGGCCGCCGGCACCUUCCCGUCGGGCGUGUCGGGCCGCCGCCGCCUGCUGCUGCUCCUCGGGGCCGCCGCGGCCGCCGCCUCCCAGACGCGCGGCCUCCAGCUCGGGCCUGCGCCCGCCGGGAGACUGGCGGGUCCCGUCCCUGCCCGGCCCUCCGCCGCCGCGGCCGCCGCCGCGUCCUACUCGGCCCUGCGCGCCCCGCUGCUCCCGCGAUCGCUGGCGGCCGCCGCGGGUCCGGCGCGGGGUUACAGCCAGGAGUCCAAAACUACCUACCUGGAAGACCUCCCACCACUGCCCGAGUAUGAGUUGAGCCCGUCCAAGUUAGGACAGGAGGUGGAUGAUGUUUAUCUCAUUCGUGCUCAGGGACUGCCUUGGUCCUGCACUGUGGAAGAUGUUCUUAACUUUUUCUCAGAUUGCAGGAUCCGCAACAGUGAGAAUGGAAUCCAUUUCCUCUUAAAUAGAGAUGGGAAACGGAGGGGCGAUGCCUUAAUUGAGAUGGAGUCGGAGCAGGACGUGCAGAAGGCCUUAGAAAAGCACCGGAUGUACAUGGGGCAGCGCUACGUGGAAGUAUAUGAGAUAAACAAUGAAGAUGUGGAUGCCUUAAUGAAGAGCCUGCAGGUCAAAUCUUCACCUGUGGUAAAUGAUGGUGUGGUUCGCUUGAGAGGACUUCCUUAUAGUUGCAACGAGAAAGACAUCGUCGACUUCUUUGCAGGACUGAACAUAGUAGACAUUACUUUCGUGAUGGACUAUAGAGGAAGAAGGAAAACAGGGGAAGCCUAUGUGCAGUUUGAAGAACCAGAGAUGGCCAACCAAGCACUAUUGAAGCACAGGGAGGAAAUUGGUAACAGGUACAUAGAGAUAUUUCCAAGCAGAAGAAAUGAAGUUCGAACACAUGUUGGAGCUCAUAAGGGAAAGAAAAUGGUGUUGUCUCCUCCUGCUAAAUAUAUAACUGAGCCAGAAGUGGUAUUUGAGGAACAUGAAGUCAAUGAGGAUAUUCGGCCUAUGACAGCUUUUGAAAGUGAGAAAGAGAUAGAGCUGCCUAAGGAGAUGUCAGAAAAACUUCCAGAGGCUGUUGAUUUUGGAUCUACACCAUCACUUCAUUUUGUCCACAUGAGAGGAUUGCCUUUCCAAGCCAAUGCCCAAGACAUCAUAAAUUUCUUUGCUCCGUUGAAGCCUGUGAGAAUCACCAUGGAGUACAGCUCUAGUGGGAAGGCCACUGGAGAAGCUGACGUGCACUUUGACACCCAUGAGGACGCCGUGGCAGCCAUGCUCAAGGAUCGGUCCCAUGUUCAACAUAGGUAUAUUGAGCUGUUCCUAAAUUCAUGUCCUAAAGGAAAAUAAGACUUGAGCAGAACCCCAGAUGAUAAGGAUGAAGCAGGAAGCAUCUCAUUUGCACAUCUCUCGAACAUGGGAUAUAAAGAUCCACUCGAUUGGCAGCGGCCGCUGGAGAAGGGAUCUGGGCAGCUAACCAUAGUGCUUCUAAGAAAAUUCAUGGUGGAGUGUUCAGAUCGAGAAAGAUUCAGUUUAGAAUUAUGAAAUAAGCUACAAAUUUAAAAUUCCGUUUAAACAGUCCUGGAUCUGAUUGAGAAAGUCUGGUUUCUGUAACUUAGUUUUCUGUUGUAGAAGAUAUAUUACAGUUGUGAGAUGAUGUUUCCAUUCAGUGCCGCUCUUCAGAACCUUACUCCCGCUUGUUUUUGCCUAUGAUUGAGAGCUCUGAUAUAAAACUUCUCAUGGAAUAAAAUAAUGGUGUAUUUUUACCAAACACUCACCAAAGCAAGGGAAAGUCUCAGAACUUUAAUAAGCCAGUGUGAUCUGAUCGGUACUGUUUAAUUUUGUCUGUAUUUGAUUGUGUAGGAGUAGAAAUUUUACAACAUACAAACCACAGGUUAUUGAGUGUAAGUGGUCACUUGGCAGUUUUAUCUUUAGAGACAGUUUGCCUCCCUAAGCCUUGACCUAAAGGCUUUUAACGUGGGUGCCUGUCUGUGUCACAGAAGUCUAGGCUAACUUAAAACCUCACUGAGUCUCCCUUUCCUUCACCCUUUUUUUUUUUUUUUUUUUGGAUUUAGACCAAUCCUAAGGCUGUUUGUUAGGUUUAAAAUCAUGCAGUGACACAUCAAAGCAGUCCAGACUGGUAAGGACAUUAAUAGCUUCACUUGAAUUAAACCAGCUCUAGAUAGGAAAACACAAAACCAAUCUGAGUCUCCUCAUUUGCUUUCCCAGUGGGGUGGCCACCCCAUAUGUAGAACAAGUAGGGGUGCCUUGCUUCAAUAAAACUAGCAUUUAAUAUAAUUGUGUGGAGGGUGUAUGGAUAGAGCUGUAUUUCUGUCACGUUGUGGCAGUACCUUCUGCUUUAAUACUAAAUAGCUUGUUAUUUAAAUAUUGGACAAAAUGGCUGGCUUCAAAAAUAGUCAUUAAUAAACUUAACUUUAUGUAUGCCUGUGUAGAAGAAUUAAAGUUCUGUAUAUUUUCUUUA